AUUUUUUAACUGUAAAUGAAAUAUUCUUAAACAACUGUAAAAGUAUACAUAAACAUUAGCUAUAAAACUCACCAUCCCAAUUUACUAUUCCAGUGAGCAGUAGUGAUUCAUAAAAUUGGAAUGAUGUUAAAAAGGGCAUUAGAGAUAAGGUUUAUUCGAAAGUCUAGGGAUUUGAGAAUCAGAAGUUUAUAUAAAAAAGCGAAUUACUUUAUAAUUUUAAGAAUCAAGAAGAAAAGAAUUCUAAUUAACCCUUAUCGCAUAGAUAAUCUGCCACCCAUCUAAAAAAUCUGAUGGAUAAUAAAUUUCCAAAAUAAGAAUCUCCUAUUAAAAUGGGUUUAACUAGAGCAAUUUAUUCUCCGAGUCAGAAAUAGUAUCAUCCAUUGGAUGAUAUUUAAAUAAAGAAUAAUUAUCAAAGUGCAUUUGGUUCUGCAAUAAAUAAGGAAAAGGUCAAAGUUUAAUCCUCUAAAAAAGAAUAAUACUCUUCAUCCAAGCCUAUGUCAGAUUUACUUGAUAUGAAAAGAAAUAAGGCAGUAACAGAAAGAGCAACACUUGCAGAAAUAAUCAGAAUUUCAAACCAUCUCCAAGAUGUUUAGUAAGCAGAAGCUACUUAAUUAAGUAGUGCAUAUUUAUAAGAACUUAUUACCUUAUAAUAGAAUAUAGGGAAAGUGCUUAAAAACACAUCUAACAAGGUUUACAAAUGAAUCAUAACAAUCUAC